UUGCUUCCACAACUGCAAGCGACGCUUAAUUCCUAUAAGAACGCAUCCACCCAGUCCUCGCCACAUGUAUUGAUGUACGGCAUGGAGUUACCGACGACGCUGAACCUCGGCAUGGCGACGCAGUCGACCGAUCGACCGCAGAAUUUUUCGGCACGUACAACGGCGACUGAAGCACUUCAGAUAGCGCAAAUGGACAUGAAGCGUCGAUAUGACGCCCAGCACAAGGAUAUGGCAUUCGAGAAAGGGGACUUGGUGAAGCUUCGUCUUCACCAAGGCUACAAGACUUCAGCG